AGAUUGUGAGACAUGUACCUUUUAUUUGUCAUAGGCAUGUUUCUCCUGACAAGCCAGCUCUACAUUCAAUUUCCUUUUGUCGUAAGUAUUUCCAGUGUCAAAUGUCCUUCUACAUACAACUUUGGAUCAGAGGAUUGCAAUAAAAAGGAAAACAUCACCGCCACUUACAAUGUAACCACCGUAGCACCCAAGGGAGACGAAAAAGAACAAAAUAGAACGCAACGAAACAGCAGCACGGAUAACACAGAACAAACAGAGUCUGUCAAUAGUACCGGACUUAUCAUCGGAAUUUGUAUAUCAUCAGUCGUUCUUAUUACAGCUAUCGCUGUCGUUUUGGUCCUGAAAAGGUGGAGUGUAGCGGGAUGCUGCAGUAGUAGGGAUGACAUUCUGGAUUUAACAGAACAAGGUCCAUUGAAUCAGAUCCCCACACAGGACAAAACAGAUGGACUAAUUGAUCACGAUCGUCAGUGAACCUCACUUACACAAAAGGGACCUAGAUUCAUCACACCAAAUUUUAGUAAAACUCAGUAUGCUUAUGUACAUGUAUAUUGCAGUUUUUUUAAAUUUACUAACAGGAACUUGUUUCGGUGUCAUAACAUGUAGAAGAAAAUCGGAUAUAACUAACGCUGUGCUCCGUCACAUGCAUGUGGCUACUUAAGAUGGAUCCAUGUUACUCUGGGACUUUAUUGGUAUCAUACGGGUCGGACACCGUGUUCUUCACUCUAAUUUCAUGUACGUAAAGGAAAUAUCGUAUGUUACUUAACGUUUAAUCAAGUGUCUCUGAUGAUAUAUUUCUGCUUACGAUGGAUCCAUGCUACUCUGGGACUUUCCAUUCAUGUGGUAUCCGUCUUUAAGCAGUGCCAAGUAGUACAUUUAACCUCUACACUAUCGCGUCAUUAUUGAAUGAAUCUGAAGUAUUGCAGUGAAAGGUAUUAAUUUGUGCAUGUAUUAUUAGGUUUGUUACUUGAUUGAGGACACGUAGUGGUUCAUCUAGUAGAUCCUUUGCUUGUCAUGCCAAUUUACAGUAUCCAUGUUUUAAUUAGACAAAUAGCAAUAAUCUAAUCAUUUAGGUGAUAUGUAAUAUUUGUAUUUGUAUAUAUUCGGUGAUUUUUACUAACAUUUAAGAAAUACAAUCUUUUGUAUAAUU